AUGACUCAAAAUUUUUCAUUCAAUCCUUUUUCUGAUGGUUCUGCAUAUACACAUCUUCGUAAGGUAUUUGAUGAUCAGAAAUAUUACAACAACUUCCUUAAAUCAAGCUCAAGCGAAACAUUUUUAUCACCGCGAUCCGGACUCUUUCGAAACAAAUACUUGUCUACUCCUAACGGUCUUGUGGAAUUUUCCAAGACUUCUCUAAAGAAUGCAAAAGCACUUGUUGAAGAAAUGGUGAAUGACAAAUCAAGCACCAGUGGUAAAUUACAAUAUAUUAAGAAACUUGACCAGCUUUCGGAUUUACUUUGUCGAGUAAUAGAUAUGGCGGAGUUUGUUAGAGUAGCUCACCCAGGACAUAAGUGGGUAAAUGCAGCUCAGCAAACACAUGAGAUUAUGUAUGAAUUUAUGAAUCAGUUGAAUACAAAUGUUGAAUUAUACAGUAUAUUACGAGAUAUUCUCGAAGAUCCAAGUAUAGUCAGCCAGUUAUCCGAUGAAGAAGUGAAGGUUGGGGAAUAUUUGAGACAAGAUUUCGAAAGAUCGGGUAUUCACAUGGACCCAAAAACCAGAGACAAUUUCGUUAAGAUUACCCAACAUAUUUCGGUAUUGGGAUCUCAUUUCAAUAACGAAAUGCAAAAUUUGGAUAAUUAUUGGUGUGCAGUUUCUACCGAAGAAUUCGAUAGUAUUGAAGAUGACCAAUUAAAACGUGAGAUCUUGGCAUAUCAGUCCAAUCAUACCAAUAUCAAAGAAAAAGAUACUGUUUAUAUUCCAGUGGUAUCGCAUAUUCCAUAUACAAUACUAGGUAGUGUAAAACUGGAAAAUAUCAGACGCAAGAUAUGGGUUGCGUUGCAUAGCUCACCUAGAGAUCAAAUAGAUACCUUAGACAAGUUCAUUACAUAUCGAGCUAUUCUUGCCGAAAUGUUGGGCUAUCAAAGUUUUGCCCAUUAUCAAUUAGAACACAAGAUGGCCAAAACUCCUGAAAAUGUCGUUGCAUUUCUUUCAAAUUUGCAAAAAUCACUUUUGGAACAUGGUGUUAUUAAAGAAUUAACUGAACUUUACCAGUGUAAACCUGAUGCUAAACCUAAUGCAACUGCUAAUGAAAUAAUAGAGAGCGUGAAACCAUGGGAUCGAGAUUACUUACUUACUUUACUCCAACAAAAACAACCAGAUACCCACCCUAACGAAAAUAUUUCCGAUUACUUGUCAAUUGGAACUAUAAUUGCUGGUCUUAGUAAAUUAUUUGAAUGUCUUUAUCAAGUUGAAUUUGUUCCAGUGGCUACUUCAAAGGAUGAAACUUGGGAUUACAAUCAAGUUCGUAAACUUGAAGUUCGUGACCAGACUACAAAGCGCCCUCUAGGCUUCUUGUACCUUGAUUUUUGGAGUAAUAAGGUCCACCCAUCCCAUUUUACAAUUGUUUGUCUGAGAAGGUUAAAUAAUGAACCCAUUUCCGAAAUGCUGAAGAUUGUGCAAUUAGAUGGUGAUUACCAACUUCCUGUUAUUUCAUUGAUUUGUAACUUUCCUAAACCUUUCAAAUCUACCAUUGGAAGAUUUGCAGGUAUUGAUAAUUCUAAACCUACUUUGUUAAAUUUAGAUCAAGUUGACACCCUCUUUCACGAAAUGGGACAUGCCAUGCAUUCCAUGUUAGGAAGAACUGAAUUACAUAAUUUGUCAGGAACAAGGUGUGCCACUGACUUUGUGGAGCUUCCUUCAGUAUUGAUGGAAUCAUUUUCUAAAGAUCCCCGUAUUCUUUGUGAAAUAGCAAGACAUUACGAAACUGAUAAACCAUUGCCUCGUGAUUUACUUGACCUGCAAGUUCAACGUAAGGGAUUACUUGAUGCCAGUGAAACCUAUAUGCAAUCUAAAAUGGCCAUGCUUGAUCAGAAAUUACACCUGGCAGAUAUUCUUCAAUCUACUGCCGAUUAUUCCAGUACUGAAGUAUAUCAUAAUUUAGAAGCACAAUUAAAAGUAUUCCUGGAUCAAGAACUGACCUGGCAUGGGAAGUUCCCCCACUUGUUCUCAUAUGGAGCAGUUUACUAUUCCUAUCUUUUAGAUCGAGCCAUUGCUGAGAAAAUAUGGAAUGCAUUGUUCAAAGAAGAUCCAUGGAGUCGUGCCGCAGGGGAGAAAUUAAGAAACAGAGUGUUGAAAUGGGGUGGGGUGAAAGAUCCAUGGGAAUGUCUAGGUGACUUGUUGGAUGAUGACGACGUUAGAAAAGGGGAUGAACGACUGAUGGAAACAAUUGCACGGGCUUAAGAAACUUUCCCCUCCACUAUAGACGUGCCUCAUUUAUAACCAGAAAGAUAUAAGGCAAAUUAAGCAACUUGACACCCUUCCCCACUUCGGUUGCCAUCGCUUAUUCCCCAAUAUGAUCAUGAAUACGAAUUAAAAAAAAUAUAUAUAACAAAAACCCUGUUCAUGUCAAAAAAUUUGCCGCAUAGAAAUUGAAUUUCCCACACUUUUGUAUAUAGUAUAUAUUAUUUAAAUUCAAUAUUAUAACGCUAAAUGUUAAAAAUACUGGGGAGGUUACGUCAGCAAAUCAUAAGAACAAUAGCUAUUUCCAGGGUUGUUGAAAAAUAAUACUCCACCAGGGGCUGCAUAAGGGCAUAUCAUAAUGGUGAGGCAUUCUCCCAGACACUCCGAAUGCCUUUGAACAUCAGAGGCAGAAAAAUAGAGAAGAGCAUCCCAUAUGCAGGAUUUUCCGAUAUGGAACACUACGGCGAUAUUUACAUCAUCGGUGCAAUUGUGUUUGUAACAUCACAACAUAGAUUUAAGCCAGGUUGGAAAUUAAGGCGAUAUGUUUAUAUUAGGAGUUUAUUCCCCGGAAUCUGUCGUGUUUACAUCAGGGGAACCCUGACCCGUCGGAGUUGCUAUGCGUGAUCCCUAACUUUUUCAAGCUAAAAAGAAAUUAAUAUGGAGGACGGCUGACUCAGGGCACUUCACUGUC